CAAACCGGUACUUGCAGCAGAGAAGAAGGGAGCUGACGCGCCAAGAGGCAGUGGACGUGACCGGGCGGCAUUAGUGUGGCUGGCGGGUACAAACUCCGCCCCGCAGCUGCCAGCUUCGCUUCGACUCGGUGGACUCGGGCUAAUCUGCUUUAAUCUCCAUGGCUGGGGUCUACAGGGUCCCAUUCCAUCCAGCUCCCUUGUCAUCUCGCUCGGUCUGCGCACGGAACUCGGAUGGAUCGCUCGACUCCCUGCAGGCUUUCAAGAUCACCGGUUGACCGUCGGAUCUAUCGAAUGCAGCGCUGACGCGGAAAUCUCCAUUUGUGAUGGCUCACUUGAUCCAAUCUGAGCUUUCCCGUCCCAGGGGCCGGUAUUCUAACGGCUCAGUAAGGACAUGUCAGAAUUGUGCCAGGGCCAAGAUACGGUGCAUCCGCCACGGGGCUACCGGGAGCUGCGAUCGGGAAAGAGUGUCAUUUUCCAGAGUCUCGAAGCACAAAUGGAGGGAUCAAGAGAGAUAGCAAGGACAAUCUUCUCAUCUCGCGUAAGGAGGAUCGAUCUACUCGAAGCCAAAGUCGACCAGCUGCUAGCGACAUCGGUAUCCCCAAUCCCGAGAAAUAGCAGCACAACCGAUGAAAGUCCUGCAAGCACUGCAUCACAGUCCAAAGAUGCCAUUGACAAAGGCUUGCUUACCGUGGACGCCGCCAAUAUGCUGCUGAAUGAAUUCCGCGCGACGCUUAUGCCUCAUUGUCCAUUCGUAGUCAUCCCACCACAGACCUCUGCUGAGAGCCUCAGGAGAGACAAGCCGUUUCUUUUUCUUACCAUCUUGACGGCUACUCUGUAUGACAACAUGCCUCUGCAGCGUAUGCUCGAAAAAGAGGUGAAGAAGAAGGUUAGCGACUGCAUGAUCUUCGAUGGACCAGUCUCAUUCGAGGUGCUGCAAGGGCUGCUAGUCCACAUUGCAUGGUGUCAAUAUCAUUCACGGCCACGCCGGUUCUCGCAGUAUCUGCAUCUUGCGAUCAGCAUUAUCACGGACCUGCAACUGGAUCGCGCGCCUGAAUAUCGGCUCUGGAGGACUCGAGUGAACUUUAAUCCGGAAGAACACAAAGAUUCGGUGUCCUGGGGGCAUGAUGAGAGACGGGCCGUUCUCGGAAUUUUCUAUUUUUCGUCGAGCGUUUCGCAAAUCCUACACAAGCAAUGUACUUUUCCGUACAUGCCUUAUUUUGAUGAAUGCUGCAAGCUACUGGCCACAGAUGCCGAGUAUGCCUCCGAUCAGCACCUACUCCAUAUAGUGCAGCUUCAACGGCUUUCGGAGAAGAUCACUUCUAUCUCAACACAGAACAUUCUAGGGACCCACGGCCCUGGCUCAAGCAGUGAGCGUUCUUUUCGUGAGAUGAAAUUAGAGCUGGAGCAAUAUCGGGCUAGUCUACCGUGUCCGUUGAAUGAGAACAAUAUCCUUUUUAUGCAAUAUUAUACGGCCGAACUGUAUCUCUGCCAGAUCAGUUUGUUCGAUAAUAAGCCCCGUACACAAAGCCCGAGACGUGAAGUCUCAUUUCAGAUCGAUGCUCUCCGGAUGGGUCUCAUUGCGGCCCAAGCUUUGCUUGACUACUACGUCAGCCUCCCGUUGCGCAGUGAAAUGGCGUUCAACAACGCCGUAUGGAUUCAGAUUGGCUUCGCGCUGACUCUUGCCAGCAAACUUGUUGUGGCAGCGUCAGAGCCUUCGAUACAGCCUCACACAGCGGAAUUGUGCCGUGCGUUAGACAUAUCCAGCAUGCUAAGUCGUUGUAUUCUUCGCAUUCAGGCACUGGUCACGUCUAACAUGGAUGCCUCCGGUGACCGAGAUGUGUUCUACCACUAUGAACAGCGUCUGAAACGAGUUCAAUGGUGGUUUGAAAAUCGAAUGUUAUCAAGACAAAAGAGUGAUUCGUUUCAGCCUCCGGUACAAGCAAGUAACAUGAGCUCAUCCGGAGCUGAGAACAAUCACGUUGAAUCCGCGCAGCUGCCACUGGACGGAUUUAAUGAUUAUACAAUGAUACCCCGCGAAGUAUACGAUAUGCAAUGGCCGGGUUUCUUUCCCGACGCAACUAUUGAUGAGAUCCUCGUUGACUGGAUGGAGUACACGAAGGCGUCUGAGCAGCGCUUGCGCUGA